GACUUGGCCAAACUCAUGCGAUGGGUGGAACAAACUGGGUGACACUUUCUCAAGUGGGGCUCCUCCCAAAGUUGGCAAGGUGCAUACAUCCUCCUGGCAUGCCUAGGCCUGUACUUGCAGCCCAGGGAGCUUGGACACCUCCCCAAACAUAAACAAAUUGGAAGGUCUUGGAGAUGUAAUAGAGUUGGCUUUCCUCUCUGUUCUUUCUCGGCUCCUUUGCCACAUCUUCUGUAGGACUCGGCUGGUUUCAGGAAGGGAUCACAUCCCAUGGCCGAUUACUCUGGGGAGUCGGGAUUUCUGACCUGUGAGUUCUGUGAUAUGGUUUUCCGCUCCUGGGCUUUGUUGGCUACCCAUACCCAGCGAUUCUGCAUUGGCCGGCUGACUCCGGAGGUGGCACAUGGAACACAGCCUUCAGUAGCCAUGGAACAGCGGGGCACCACGAUUGUGACACAAGAACAACUGAGCCGUUCAGAGCAGGAGGCCAGCAAAUCAGCUCUAAAGAUGUUGACAGAGGAGGUGCAAUUGCUGAGGCUGUCGCUACGGGAAAAGAGUCCCUGGGCAACUGAGGGUCCCACCUCCCAGACUGCAGGGAGCCCUGGCGAGAGGCUGCGGGCAUUGCAGGGAAUCCGCGCCAGGCGCGUGGCGGAGACUGAAGCGCAAAGCCGGGCUCUGGAGCGCCGCGGCGAGGAACUAAAACGGCGCCUCCUUGACGUAGCGGGACCCAGGGGGGAAUUAUCCGCGCCAUUCGGCCUGGAGCGCCAGCUCCGCGAACUCAGGGCAGAGGCCGGCCGGACGCGCGGCGCUCUGCAGAUGCUGGGGGCGCGCAUCCUUGCGCUCCAGUCGCAGCCCAGCAUCCAGAGGGGCUCUCUCAAGGAGGCUGAGUUCUGUUGCCCUCCGCUACCGGUCAAUCCGGGAACGCUGCCCGCCCAGAUCCGGGCUCUACGUGAGGCCUACGUGCGCGGUGGAGGCCGGGACCCCGGAGUUCUGGACAAAUUAUGGCAGCUGCAAGUGGAGGCGUCAGCCCUGGAGUUGCGGCGGUCGCAGAACCACAAAGAAAAAGCAAGUGCCACCUCUGAAGAGCUUCUAGUAGUGGAAGCCGAAAACCGGCUUCUGGAGGCAGAGAUCCGGACCUUGCAGAAGAAGGGCCUGAGUCUGGCACCCUGGGGACCCAGGGGGUAUCAACUCCCUGAUCUCUGGUCACACCUGAGUAGAAGGGGCGAUAACUCCCUCCUCCUUCCACCAGUUGCACCCCCAAUGUCACCACUUACAAGUUCCAUAAAUGUCCAGAACUUCCGUGGCACUUCAACGUCUCAGAUACUUAAUGGAACCAUGACAAGGAACUUAAGUCUGGAUCGUCACUUCCUCCUACCUGCAUCUGAUGUUCUAGGCCCUGCACCCUAUGAUCCUGGGGCUGGCCUUGUCAUUUUCUAUGACUUCCUUCGGGGCCUUGAUGCUUCUUGGGUUUGGGUGCAGCUAAUGACAAGCUUGACCCAGGAUGGACAGGAUAUAGGAGGGACCACAAUAUUGCCCCCAGCCCUUUGCCUACCGCCACCAUCAACUCCUGGACCUAUGGGCAAUUGUGCCAUCCUUGCAAGCAGGCAGCCUGUACCCAGGUUGCCUCCAUCAGCACUGGUAUCUUUGAUUUGUGAACUACAAGCCUGGCAGGGAGUUACAUGGGCACCACAACCAAAGGCUUGGGCCUCACUAUUGCUAUUUGACCAAGAUAAGCAUAUGCUUAGUGGCCGUUGGCGCCUCCCACUUAAGGUCCUUCCUCCUAACUCCAACCUCAGCCUUGUCCAGCUGAAUGCGAUUCCCCAGGCAGGUCAAGCUGAGCUCUUUCUAAGGCUGGUGAAUUCAAGAGAUGCAGAUGUUCAGACAUUGGCAGAGAUCAAUCCAGCAAGUGCCCAUGAAUACCAGUACCCACCACUGGUAUCCAACUCAUCUUCAGUGGAAACCAGUCCCUUCGCCCACAGUUCUGGCUUCGCUGAUCCCCAACCUCCCACAGAAGAGGCUUUUGUCAGUGUCAAGGAUAAAGAUGAGCAUUUGAGCCCCCACUAGUUUUGACCUAAACACAUCAGGUUUCUGAGGCAGAGAAAGGCAGAUUUAGAUCUGCAGCUUCUAAAUGAGGUCUGGAAGUAAUGAUAAAGUCCAACCAAGCCAACUAGGACUUUUUCUGCACCCAUUUUCCUUUUGUAAAGCAGAUCGAGGAGUAAACGAUUUCAGAUAUUCACA